UUAUAAAUAUCAAAUUUUAUAUCUUUUUAAUUUGGGACUGAAAGCUCCUCUUUAGCUUGGUGAAUUUUCUAGCAAAUAUUCCAAUAACUACUUGAUAGCCUCCUUAUGCCAUACUAGCUUGUGGCAAUGGCAGUCUCCAUCCUACGUUCAUCAAUAGUCUGUAUUCUGCUACUGUUCUUCUUCACCACUCAAAUUUUAGCCCAGCCAGUACCACAGUUGAACUCGACCACAAACUUUUCAUGUGCAGUAGAUGCACCAUCUUCAUGCGAAACAUAUAUAACGUACUUUGCACGGUCUCCAGGGUAUAUGAACCUGGAAAACAUAUCUGAUCUAUUUGGGGUCAGUGUCUCAUCAAUUGCCAAGGCCAGUAAUCUAGCUUCCAGUUACACAGGUCAGACCCGAUUGGUUGCAGGCCAACUCUUACUAGUACCUAUCACCUGUGGUUGCACUGAAAACCGGUCUUUUGCAAACAUUACCUAUCCGAUCAAGAGUGGAGAUAGCUACUAUGUGGUUUCGAUCAAUACAUUUGAGAAUCUCACCAAAUGGCAGUUAGUGCAAGAGAUGAAUCCAGCUCUGAUUCCCACCCACUUGCAGAUUGGUGACAAAGUGAUUUUUCCUUUGUUCUGCAAAUGUCCCUCGAAGACGAACUCAGAUUUAAUUCAGUAUCUCAUCACUUAUGUCUGGCAGACUGAUGAUGACAUCUUUAGAGUGGGUGCCAAGUUUAAUGUUAAAGAAUUUGAGAUCUCAGACGCAAAUAACCAGCGGGACUUCAGCAAUUCAAGUGCAGUAGUGGGACAACCGGUGCUGAUACCACUGACAGAGUUGCCUGCUCUAUUCCAACCACUACCCCCUCAUGGAAAACACAACUACAGGUUGAUGCUUAUUGUCAUCAUAUGCUUGGGAGUUGCUCUAUGUGUUGCUUCUCUUUUGGCAAUUUUCGUGGUUUACACUCGUCGUCUGCACAAGAGACAGAAGCUUUUGAAUGGUAAGAGUUUGUCUCUGGAAAGCGCUGAAUGGUUCCGAAUGAAAGAAGCAAAAAGUGAAGAGAAGAUUGAGCUGAAGUUUGUACAGGACAAGCUUCUUCCUGGAGUUUCAAGCUAUCUAGGAAAGGCAAUCCUCUAUGAUAUCAAAACAAUUAUGGAGGCAACCAUGAAUCUCAACGACCACCGUAGGAUUGGAGGGUCUGUAUACAGGGCUGUAAUUGAUGGGAAGGUCUUGGCUGUGAAGAAAACCAAGGAAGAUGUCACUGAGGAACUAAAUAUCCUGCAGAAGGUAAAUCAUGCAAAUCUGGUGAAACUUAUGGGCAUCUCAUCUGAGAUCGACGGGGAUCGCUUCUUGGUUUAUGAAUAUGCUGAAAAUGGAUCACUUGAUAAAUGGUUGCACUAUAAAUCUUCAACCGGUUCAAGUUCUGGGGCAUUCCUCACAUGGAGUCAGAGAUUAAGCAUAGCUCUAGAUGUUGCCAAUGGCCUGCAAUACAUGCAUGAACACACGCAACCGAGCAUCGUUCACAUGGAUAUAAGGACAAGUAACAUACUUCUUGACUCCAAAUACAAGGCCAAGAUAGCAAACUUCUCCAUGGCUAGAACUGCUGCAAACAGUGUUACACCAAAGGCGGAUGUUUUCUCUUUCGGUGUUGUUCUGUUGUCUUUGCUUUCGGGCAAGAAAGGCAUGGAAACAAAAGAGAAUGGCGAGGUCAUCAUGUUGUGGAAGGAUGUUAGGGGGGUUUUGGAAGCUGAAGAGAAAAAACAGGAGAGGUUGAGAGCAUGGAUGGAUCCAACUUUGGAGAGUUUCUAUCCCAUUGAUGGUGCUUUGAGCUUGACAGCCUUGGCAAGCGCAUGCACACAGGAAAAGUCAUCAGCAAGACCAAGCAUGGCAGAAGUUGUCUUCAACCUCUCUGUUCUUACUCAUUCAUCGUCUGAGUCGACACUGGAGAGGCCUUGGAAUUCUGCAUUGGAAGCAGAAGAAGUUCUUCAAACUAUCACUCCUAUCAGAGCUCGCUGAUUCGGUGAUCAAGAAUCUUUUAGUGCAAUUUGAUGUAUACUUUUAUGUUCAUAAUCCUGUACUAAACAACUUGCUUUCUGUUCCUUUUUCUAUUUUUUGUGCAAUGGGAGUGUUAUACUGUAUAGUAUUAAGAAAAUCUGAACUUUUCAUUCA